AUGAGAAACUUAAACUUACUUUUUAAUAUCUUUACAAAUCAUAAUAAUAAUAAUAAUAAGCCAGUGCUUGAGCGCGGCGGAGUCCGGCUCUAUUGGGACCGGUCCAUCAUCACGGACAGGACUAUUCUUGCGAAUAAGCCUGAUAUCGUGGUGCUGGACCGGGCACAGUCGAGGGUGUUUUUAGUGGACAUCACAAUUCCAUAUGACGAGAACCUUGUGAGAGCUGAGACGGAGAAAAAACGCAAGUAUCUUGAUCUGGCUCUCGAGGUUACUGCCAUGUGGCAUGUCGAGUCCACUGAAAUCAUCCCAAUCGUCAUAUCUGCCAAUGGUUCAGAGAUAUGUUGGGCAAAGCAAAGGAUAGUCGGCGACUCAGUGACCUCCAUUGACCAAUUCCCAACAUUAGUUCAGGUAGAUGAAAAGAACAUCUGGACAGAGUUGUGGUCUCAGAACUGCGCUGGCAACAUCCUCACGGCAGACAAGAUCUUGAGUGCGGCGCACUGCUUCUACGGAUAUAACUUCGAUCCAAAGCUACGUCGUGUACGAGCGGGGGCCACGUUCAGGAACUACGGCGGAGUCGUGGCCUACGUUCAGAAGGCCUACAACCAUCAUACGUUUGGCUUGAAUGGCUACGACGGAGACAUCAGCGUGGUCAAACUAAAGGACCGGCUGGUCUACUCGCCUGCUAUACAACGGACUGCGAUUCCUCCGCAGGGCACUGUCAUUCCUGACCACUUGCCCGUCGUGCAAGCUGGCUGGGGUGCCACUUCUCAAGGCGGCCCAUCAUCCGACGUACUCCUAUACGUCAAUGUCUUCACCAUCAACAACGCUCUCUGCGCCGAGCGGUACGCAACUCUACCCAACCGACCAGCGGUGACACCCAACAUGAUCUGCGCUGGUGUCAAGGACAUCGGAGGCAAGGACUCUUGCCAGGGUGACUCUGGUGGACCUAUGAUGUAUGACAGAAUCACCGUUGGAAUCAUAUCCUGGGGCGAAGGGUGUGCGAACAAAACCUUCCCUGGCGUCAGUACCUCUGUAUCUCCAUACACUGACUGGAUUGUUGGCAUUUAAAAUAAAUGAAAUUGUUGAUGGUAUUUAUUUGAU